UCGGAGGUCGGACGCUCCUGUUACGGCACCAAACGUAAACGGGCAGUUUGUCGAAAAAUUGCGAUUUCCGGCCUCUACGGUUCUCACCUCGGGAAACGCGCCUGACCGCGUUAUUCAGCAUGAAAUUCCGCACAAGACUGUUGAAAAUCAUAAAAUUCUGCAUCCGGUUGAUUUUGGCCGGAAAACGGAGCCGCUAGCGGCCGGCCGGCGGCAUUCCGGUGACCCUCCGGCAACUUUUGUCCAAAAUAUUCUUCCAGUUAAUCUAAAUCCAUUUUCGUCAUCGGUUUUUCCACAUGAGGCCCAGACAGUGCUCAAUCAGGGCCGAAAGACCUAUGCUACUGCAGUUACUAGCCGUCCAAGCCUAUCUCAAGCUGAGCGGAGUUCACGGAAGUCGUUUACAUCGGUUAUACAUGGUAUAGAUGACUCUUCCACUGCUGGGUUUGCUGCUAAAGAACCCUUUAUACAUAUGGGUGAGCCGGCAGUGAUUUUGACUGAGUCCGAGGAGGCUACACUGGCUGAUCCUUACAAGUAUACACUUGUGGGGAAAUUUCCACAUCGCAAGCCAACCAUGAAGAAGGUACGUGAGAAUUUUUCUAAGUUUGGGUUCCAUGGUUGUUUCGAGGUGGGACUGAUUGACACAACACACAUUCUUAUACACCUUACACAUGAGGAGGAUUACAGCAGGCUUUUUCUUAAACCUUCAUGGUAUAUUGAUGGUUGUCCGAUGAGAGUCCUUAAGUGGACAUGUGACUUUACACCUGAGCAAGAGACUCCGAUAGUUCCCGUAUGGGUAUCGUUCCCUCUGCUUCCAGUACAUUUACGUGCGAAGGGGUUCCUUUUCGCCUUAUCUAGGGCAAUAGGAAUGCCCUUGAGAAUUGAUGAGGCCACCACCGACUUGAGACGACCUAGUGAGGCAAGGGUGUGCAUUGAGGUGAAUUUGGAGCAUAAGUUGCCCGACAGGGUUUGGAUUGAGCGUGCUGGUAACCGUGGCUUCUGGCAGACAGUUAUCUAUGAGAAGCGGCCAAUUUUUUGCUUUUCUUGUAAACACUUGGGUCAUUCUUAUGAUCAGUGUACUACAGUUCCGGUUCCUCCUCCUCCUCCUACAGUUGUUGUGCACCCCCCUGUUCGACCCCCUAUUACUAGGACUGAUAAGGAUAAGGGCAAGGUGACGUUUGUGGAGCCAAAGAAGCAGUGGGUUCCAGUUUCAGCAAUGCCUUCUGUGCUUCCCACUAAUUACUAG